AUGCACGCGGUCUUCCAGAAUGAGCCUCAGGCACCUGCUGCAGCUGGCCCCAAGGGUGAGAAGAAGAGCUCUUCAUCAGGCUUCUCUCUGCCCACGCCCUCGUUCAGCUUGGACGCCGGUGCCAUCGCCAUCCCAGGCGCAGUCGUCGGCUUGGGUGCUCUCGGGUUCUUGGCGACAAAGGUGGAUUCAGGCUUUGCGGACUUCUUGAAUGACACCAUGGUGAAGGACUCCAGCGGCUACGCAGGCUACGAGCAGGCGCUCAUCAAGGCAGCCGCUGGAACUCCUGCAAAGGCUGCAAGCAAAGGCAAGGCCGCGGUGAAGGCUGGCACGAAGAAGAUUGGCUUCAAGAUUGGCAAGAAGUGA